ACUCUACCAUGCUGCAACCAAACUCUAUGUCUGCCCAUACAGGAGGCAUACUUAACGUAUACUGACUGGUGGGCUAUCGGGACAAUGGUGUUGGCGGUGUUGGGAAUGACAGUAACGGCGUUCAUAACUCUGGUCUUCUGGAUAUACAGCGGGACGCCUAUAAUCAAAGCGGCCGGACGUGAACUGAGUUACCUUUUGCUGAGCGGUAUAUUCAUGUCAUUCUGUAUGACGUUUGUAAUUGUGGCCAAACCUACGCCCUGGACAUGUGGUAUCACCCGAUUCUUCCUCGGCUUCUGCUAUACGGUGAGGCGUCGGUCGUGCUCUAAGCCCAAGUACACGUCCCCUCAAUCUCAGCUCGUUAUCACCGGCCUAUUGAUAUCGCUUGAGGUGAUAAUAAACGUGUGUUGGCUUUUCCACGACAAGCCCGCCAUCACACAUGUCUACCCAACCCGUGAGGACAAUAUACUCAUCUGUUUGGGAUCUGAUAAUACUUCAUAUCUCGUUGGACUCAUCUAUCCGUCCGUUUUAAUCGGUUUUUGUACGGUCUAUGCGUUUAAAACUCGCAAAUGUCCCGAAGGGUUCAAUGAGGCCCGGUAUCUGACAUUCACUAAUUACACCACUUGUGUCAUAUGGUUGGCAUUCCUACCCCUGUUUGUUUUGAGCACGAGUACAGCCAUCAGAUCCGUUACACUGAGUUGUCUAUUGAGUCUAAGCGGUGCCGUUCAGAUCGCUUGUCUAUUUGUACCAAAAGUAUAUAUCGCUCUCUUGAAACCGGAGAAGAAUACUAAAGAGAACGUUAUGUGCAGUCAUUCCCAGCAUUUUAACCGAAAUCGGGCCACAAAUUAUACGCAAACAUCCGCCUCAUCGGCGAGUCAUGUCAAUCAUAAUACCAGUCCUACCGGUGCUGGCAAUCCCUCACUUAUGGUUAAUGGAGAUCCGAUGGCGAAGAUUAGCGCAACUCUAUUGUCCAAAUCGGUGAACAACUCAAUGAACAACACAUCCAAUGCCUAUAAAAUGCCAAACAUUUAUCUUUAA